UCACCACUAGAGGCACUGGUUUCGACGUCCAUGACUCGCAUUUUCCGUGCUUUCAUUAUUUUUCAUACUCUUGGAGUGAUUUUUCGUGGAAUUUCAAGUAAUAGGGGCAUUAUUUGGCAUUAAGUGAUCUUGUACGUUAUACAGGCAUGGCGGGUGCUACACUUUUUGAGAGGGCGCAAGCGGUAUCGUCCGUGAAUCGGGAGGAGGGCAUUUCCCUUCUCAACAAGAUUGUCCGGGAACAGGAGAUUGCUGAAAACGAUGAGGAGCUUAUUCGAAUCAAGGAGCAGGGUAUUCUGCAGUUGGGUGAGCUAUAUAAGCAGGAGGGCAAGGCGAAGGAGCUGGCGGAUCUGAUAAAGGUCACCCGCCCCUUCUUAUCGCUCAUAAGCAAAGCAAAGGCCGCCAAGCUUGUGCGUUCGUUGGUGGACUUAUUUCUGGAUUUGGAAGCUGGUACGGGCAUAGAAGUGCAGCUGUGCAAGGAAUGCAUUGAGUGGGCGAAACAGGAGAAGCGCACAUUCUUGCGCCAGUCUCUGGAGGCCCGCCUGAUCGCCCUCUACUUUGACACUGGCAUGUACACAGAGGCUUUGGCUCUGGGGUCGCAAUUGUUGAAGGAGUUAAAGAAGCUCGACGACAAGAAUCUGCUAGUGGAGGUUCAACUGCUGGAGAGCAAGACUUACCAUGCCUUGAGCAAUUUGCCAAAGGCUCGAGCAGCUCUUACGUCAGCACGCACAACGGCUAAUGCGAUCUAUUGCGCCCCUAAAAUGCAGGCCGCUCUGGACUUACAGUCCGGCAUUCUACAUGCUGCAGAUGAACGAGACUUCAAGACAGCCUAUUCGUACUUCUAUGAGGCUUUUGAAGGUUAUGACAGCGUAGCAUCCAACAGAGCCCUCACCGCUCUCAAGUACAUGCUUCUUUGCAAGAUCAUGUUGGGCCAAUCUGACGAUGUGAAUCAAAUAGUCAGCGGGAAAUUGGCCAUUACGUACUCUGGGCGUGACAUUGAUGCCAUGAAAGCUGUGGCUCAGGCAUCCCACAAACGCUCCCUGGCCGAUUUCCAGUUGGCACUGAAAGACUUCAAGAAGGAACUGGAGGACGAUGUCAUUGUGAAGGCACAUUUGGGCACUCUGUACGAUACGAUGCUGGAGCAGAACUUGUGUCGGAUCAUCGAACCCUACAGUCGCGUCGAAGUAGCACACAUUGCGGAUUGCAUCAAGUUGCCCAUGCCGCAAGUGGAGAAAAAACUUUCGCAGAUGAUAUUGGACAAAAAGUUCAGCGGCAUUCUUGACCAGGGUGACGGGGUGCUGAUUGUUUUUGAAGAAACCCCCGUGGACAAAACGUACGACACUGCCCUCGAGGUUAUUCAGCACAUGGGGAAAGUUGUAGACACACUCUAUCAGAAGGCCAAGAAACUCUCAUAGGCGUUAUUUCUCUCAUGAGAGGAACAUUUUUGUAAGAAAUUAACUACAUUGUGAGCUACUUUCUCCUUUUUUCUAAAUCUAGCGAGGAUUUAAUUCUUCGUUAAUUGUAGAAUCUGCUAUUUCUUGGCCAUUUCAUCAAUUUGUUUUCUUCUAUUUCUGAUUAAUAACCUACUGGUCUCUAGUUUAUCUAACAAUCUAAUAUGAAAUUGCAAUUUUCCAAAUAAAAAAAAACUCGAGAGAA